AUGGAUCCCCAGAAUCCCUCCUCGGCCGACCAAGCCGCCGACGACUACCCGGACGAUUCUAAUGUCGACGCAGGUGGUGAUGGUAGAGUCGAGAUGGACCAAGAAGAGAUCGAUGCCAUAAUACGAAACAAGAGAAAGGUCAGAGAUCCAAAGGCCUGCUAUGCCUGUCACCGCCGGAAAGUCAAAUGUGACCGCAACUUGCCCUGUGAUUCUUGUGUCAAACGAGACCACCCAGAACUCUGUUCCUACGAACGCCCAACAAAGAAACGGCGAAUUGCCCUGACAGGCGCAGUCAAUCAGACCGAGGCUACUGCAUCCGAGAACAACGAUCCUUCUCUCCAGACCGGACCUAAUGUUUCUGUCCCUCGCGAACACUGGGAACGCAUCAACAGAGAACUGCAGCAUCUCCGCAACACUGCCAAAGUCUCACGCGGAUCUCAGGAGCAGCCACAUUUGGAAGCUGAUUCGGAAGAAGGCGCCGUCAGCGGGCUACAAAGCCGGGAUGAGACCGACCGGGAAGGAAUUCAUGCUCCCAGUAAUCAGAUGGGUCUCAUCCACCUAGGCUCGAGAUCCAUUCUCGCAUAUAUGAUGGGUCUCGGAAGGUCAAAGACCACCCAGGACACCGCGCGCUCUCUCCUCGAGGAAAACAUUUUGCCGAAACUCGGACUCGACAACGAGAGUGCCACUUACCCUUUUGUCGAUCUGUGGAGUACAGAGUCCAGCAUGCAAGAUGUCAAUGGUCUUUGCAAAGCUGUCCCUGAUGAUGACUUGUGUGAUGAGUUCUUCAUUGCAUAUCGAGAUGUAGCGUGUACCAUUUAUCCCGUCGUUCCCGACACAGAAAAGUUCAGAGAGACCUUGUUUCUUAUGCUUUCAAAUCGCUCCCGACAUCUUCGUGAUGGUCUUGAAAUCGACCCUACCAAGCCCUACGGCGUGACUUUACCAUGGCUCUCCCUAGUCUUCGCGGUGUUUGCUUCUGGCGCUCAAUCAUCCGAUAGACCGGCCAAGGAGAGGGAGUUGACUUCACAAGUCUACAUAUGCUGUUCGUAUCAGGCGUUGAGGAUGUCGAACUUUCUAACACACCCAUGCCUUGAGACAAUAGAGGCAUCACUAAUCAUCGGAAAUGUGCUCUCAUAUAACAUGAACCCUGGUGUUGCAUACAUAUUCCUUGGCAUGACCCUUCGCAUGGCAUUUUCCAUUGGCCUUCAGAUCAAUUCAACCAUUCAUGGACCUAAUGAGCAGUGGGUUCGACGUCGUGUUUGGUGGGCAUUGGCCUGGCAAGAUUCGCAUUUUGCUGUGAGUUACGACAGGCCUACUUCCAGUGUAUUGUGCAUUCCCGAAAUCCCGUAUGGAAAGUUCAGUUCUCCAGGUGAUCGGAGCUACGCCGAGAGCAUGUUCGCCAUCAUCAGACUUACUCAAGAGAUCAUCCGUGAAAGACUUCUUCAUCCCCGAGCAUAUAUGACUUGGGACACCAUUCGGCGGUAUACUGACGAAAUUGCUGCGAUCUACGCAGAAGCAGCCAUCCAUUUACGAGAAAGAAGCCAUUGUCAUCAGAUGACUCAACAUCUUGAACGGUUGGCCCUGAAGCUCCACAGCUCGUAUAUCACGAGUGAAUUAUGUCGACCUGCACUAAAGGAAGCAUCGUCAUCGAGUACAGAUGGACAACCGUCGUCGGGAACACCAGUUCAGUCCCCUUCUGGAAGUCGUCGGAAAGUGUCACAAGGCUCUGCUCAGUCACCCAUAUCUUCUUCUGAUGUGGGUACUCGAGUACGAUUCCGACGCGAAUGCGUCAAGAAUCUCGAGGGAACAGUCGCGGCAUAUGUGGAACUGCACUCUUUGAGUAAAUUCGCGGCACGAUCUUGGAUAGGAAUUCAACGUUCCAUCUCUGCUGCAUUUCUCUUAGGAACACUGCCUGAAACGAAUCAAGAGCCCCGUAUAAUCACACUGCUCCGCAACCUUGAAAAGGUCAUCGCCCAGCGUACAAUGGAGGAUCCAACCUUUGAAGGGACACAAGCUCAAGAAGCAAUUGGAUCCCCUGCACAACAGCGUCUACCCCAGCCCACUUUAGCAGAAUCGCCACACUGGGCACGCAGUAUGGCAAAGUCACUGAAUGCACUGGGAAAAUUGAACGCCGCAUUGGUCGGCGGCCAUGCUAGUGUUAAGGUUCCAGGCGGGUACAACAGCAAUGCGAAUGCGCAAUCGGCAGGGCCCGGAGCAGGCGCAAUCCCCAGCAUCUUCACGAACGUCAGAACAAAUCCAAGCGCGUCGCAAGGUUCUCAAUCGCAAUAUACAGUGGUGCCCAAUCUCAAACAAGAACCAUAUUCACCCGGCAUGGGAAAUGCAGCAGUCCUCAGCGCCAGUGUGGGACUUCCAGUGGCUGGUUUGGGCAUGGGGCCGAUCACGCCUGACAGCACCGGUUCUUCAAGCGACUGGAAUUAUGGCAAUCUACACGAACGUGCAGCUGAAUAUGUGCAGGCACCGCUUUGGGGCGACAGUGGGCUUGGUGGAUACAUAAAUUAG